AUGGCCGCACUGAAUGACAACAACGUUUACGAAUGGAGCUCACUGUUCCUUCGUGGUAUCAAUUACCGGAACACAGGUGCCCACCAACGAACCAGUCCCGAAUCUAAAUUGGCCACAUCGCCGUCAGUUAUCGGUGGCGAGGGUCGAUCACUGCUUCCCGCUCCUUCUAGAACACCAGCGCGCAGUCCGACUAUUCACUUGUACGCUGCUGCUUUUCAUUGCGCUUUUCAGGUCUACGCGAAACGCGAGCACCUCGCUUAG